GUCUACUUUGUGGCCAUGAUGUACAUGUUCCUGGGGGUCUCCAUCAUUGCGGACCGCUUCAUGGCCUCCAUCGAAGUCAUCACAUCCAAAGAGAAGGAGAUCACCAUCACCAAAGCCAACGGGGAGACCAGCAUUGGCACCGUGAGGAUCUGGAACGAGACUGUCUCCAACCUCACCCUCAUGGCUUUGGGUUCCUCAGCUCCUGAAAUCCUUCUGUCUGUCAUCGAGGUCUGUGGCCAUAACUUCCAGGCAGGGGAACUGGGUCCUGGCACAAUUGUGGGCAGCGCAGCCUUCAACAUGUUUGUGGUCAUCGCCGUCUGCGUCUACGUCAUCCCCAACGGCGAGAGCCGCAAGAUCAAGCACUUGAGGGUCUUCUUUGUCACCGCUUCCUGGAGCAUCUUCGCCUACAUCUGGUUGUACCUGAUCUUGGCUGUCUUCUCACCAGGGAUCGUCCAAGUCUGGGAGGCCCUGUUGACCCUGGUCUUCUUCCCAGUGUGCGUCGUCUUCGCCUGGAUAGCUGACAAACGUCUCUUGUUCUACAAGUAUGUCUACAAGAGAUAUAGGGCAGACCCACGCAGUGGGAUCAUCAUUGGAACGGAGGGGGAGUUCCCCAAAGGCAUCGAGAUGGAUGGAGGAUUUGUGGCCAAUGACCACCGAGAGAAUGUCUAUGUAGAUGGCAGCGCAGCGUCCGUGGCUCCCCUUCCCGUCGUCACCCAGGAGGAGAAAGAGUUGGACGAGAGUCGCAAAGAGGUUAUCCAGAUCCUCAAAGACCUCAAGCAGAAGCACCCCGAUAAAGAGCUGGAGCAGCUGGUGGAGAUUGCCAACUACUACGCUCUACUGCAUCAACAGAAGAGUCGGGCUUUCUACCGCAUCCAGGCGACACGUAUGAUGACUGGGGCAGGCAACAUCCUCAAGAAACAUGUCACGGAAUUCUCCAAGAAGUCCACCAACCUUCUGGACGUGCCUUCAGAAGCCGAGGUGGAGGAGAACUACAGCAAGAUCUUCUUUGAACCAUUCAUGUACCACUGCUUGGAGAACUGCGGCUCGGUCACGUUGACCGUGACUUGCCAGCAAGGUGGAGACUCCUACAACACGUUCUACGUAGACUACAAGACCGAAGAUGGUUCAGCCAAAGCAGGUUCAGAUUAUGAGUACAGCGAGGGCACCUUGAUCUUCAAACCCGGCGAGACCCAGAAGGAGUUGAAGAUCGGCAUCAUUGAUGAUGACAUCUUCGAAGAAGAUGAACAUUUUUUCGUCCGGCUUCUCAACCUGCGGGUGGGCGACGCGGAAGGCAUGUUUGAGUCGGACUCUGCUGAGCACCCUAAGGGACGCCUGGUGGCCCCGCUGGUGGCCACUGUGACUAUUCUGGAUGAUGACCAUGCUGGCAUUUUUGCUUUCCAGGACAAACUGUUAAGGGUCAGUGAAUGCCAAGGGACCCUGGAGGUCAAGGUCACCCGGAGCUCGGGGGCCCGAGGAACCGUGAUGGUCCCCUACCAGACGGUGGAGGGAACGGCUCAAGGAGGGGGUGUGGACUAUGAGGACUCCUGUGGGGAACUAGAAUUCAAGGACGAUGAAACUAUGUAA